GAAUUGCUUUCUCCACCAGUAAUUGUGUGAAACCGCCUUAAAACUCUAUUUAGCGGCACAGUUCUGACAUUCAGGACCCUAGGACCUGGCUACCAGCAUCCUGGGCAUACCCGAAGUUCUUUUGGACCAAACUUUCAGGAAAGAGCAAUGGAGAUUGGACCAAUGCAUAAUUGCAAACAAAGGCAAGUCCUCCUUUUCUUUGUUUUAUUGAGCAUGUCUGGGGCAGGCGCCGAGUUGGGGCCCUAUUCGGUAGUGGAAGAAAUGGAGAGAGGCUCCUUUGUAGCAAAUCUAGGUGAAGACCUGGGGGUAGGGGUGACAGAGCUCACAACACGUGGGGCCAGGAUCAUUUCCCACGGGAACAAAGAGCAUUUGCAGCUAAAGGCUCAAACCGGGGAUUUGCUUGUAAAUGAGAAACUAGAUCGAGAGGAGCUGUGCGGCUCCUCUGAGCCCUGCACACUACAUUUCCAAGUGCUACUGGAGAAACCCUUGGAGAUAUUUCAGGCUGAACUGAGAGUGGAAGACAUAAACGACCAUUCUCCUGUGUUCACCGAAAGAGAAAUGAGUCUACAAAUACUGGAAAAUAGUCCUCUAGGAAAUGUGUUCCCCCUGAAUAAUGCUCUGGACUUGGAUGUAGGAUGCAAUAAUGUUCAGAACUAUAAAAUCAGCCCCAACCCCUAUUUCCGCGUUCUAACCCGAGAACGGAGCGAUGGGAGGAAGUACCCUGAGUUGGUGUUAGAUAAAGAGCUGGACCGAGAGGAGGAGCCUGAAUUAAAAUUAACCCUGACGGCCCUGGAUGGCGGCUCUCCACCUCGGACUGGGACCACCCAGGUCUUCAUAGAAGUGGUGGACGUCAACGACAAUGCGCCUGAGUUUCCACACUCGCUCUACAAGGUGCAGAUGCCAGAGAACAGCCCAGUAGGCUCCUUGGUUGUCACAGUCUCAGCCAGCGACUUAGACAGUGGAGCCAACGGAAAAGUAUCAUACUCACUCUUUCAGCCUUCAGAAGAUACUAGCAAAACUUUAGAGAUAAAUCCUAUUACAGGAGAUAUUCAGUUGAGAACACAACUAGAUUUUGAAACAGUCCAGUCUUAUGAGGUGGACAUCAAGGCCAAAGAUGGGGGUGGACACUCAGGAAAAUGCACUCUACUUCUGCAAGUGGUGGAUGUGAAUGACAACCGCCCUGUAGUGACCAUGUCUGCGCUCACCAGUCCUAUCCCAGAGAACGCACCUGAGACUGUAGUUGCUGUAUUCAGUGUUUCUGAUCCUGACUCUGGGAACAACGGGAAGACAGUAUCUUCCAUCCAGGAAGACCUUCCCUUUAUUCUAAAUCCUUCAGUCAAGAACUUCUACACCUUGGAAACAAAGAGAGCACUAGACAGAGAGAGCCAAGCCGAGUACAACAUCACCAUCACCGUCACAGACCUGGGCACACCCAGGCUGACCACAGAGCACAGCAUAACAGUGCUGGUCUCCGACGUCAACGACAACGCCCCCGCCUUCACCCAGGCCUCCUACACCCUGCUGGUCCGCGAGAACAACAGCCCCGCCCUGCACAUCGGAACCAUCAGCGCCACAGACGCAGACGCGGGCACCAACGCCCAGGUCACCUACUCGCUGCUGCCGCCCCACGACCCGCAGCUGGCCCUGGCCUCGCUGGUGUCCAUCAACGCCGACAACGGCCAGCUGUUCGCGCUCAGGUCGCUGGACUACGAGGCCCUGCGCGCCUUCGAGUUCGGCGUGCGCGCGGCAGACCGCGGCUCGCCCGUUUCAAGUUCUUGA